AUGGCUCAACAAGCUCCGCGUGCUGUUGUUGAACUUGACAAUAUCGGUAUGCCAUUCAGUCGAAAUCCGAAUGGCACAAUUUUUCAACGUGCCUUUGGUGCUCAGUCGUAUGAUUACGGUCGGGGUGAGCAAGCACGUCGUUGCUGUGCUGUUGCUGACCGUACAGGCCAUGCAAUGUUGCAUACACUCUACGGCGAAUCGUUGAAAUACAGCACAGAUUAUUUUAUUGAAUAUUUUGCGCUUGAUCUAUUCAUGAAUUCAGAUAGAACACAAUGCCUUGGUCUUAUUGCAUUAAAUCUUGAAGAUGGAAGCCUUCAUCGAUUCCAAGCGAAUAAUACUGUUGUAGCAACUGGUGGUUAUGGGCGAGCCUAUUUUUCAUGUACGUCAGCGCAUACAUGUACUGGUGAUGGUAAUGCCAUGGUUACUCGUGCAGGUCUGACAAAUCAAGAUUUAGAAUUUGUUCAAUUCCAUCCAACUGGUAUUUUUGGAGUGGGCUGCCUCAUAUCAGAAGCUGCUCGCGGUGAAGGCGCCUUUCUUGUUAAUAGUAAUGGCGAACGCUUCAUGGAACGUUAUGCGCCAGCUAAAAAAGAUCUUGCUUCGCGUGACGUUGUGUCACGUUCGAUAACGAAGGAAAUUGUCGAAGGACGUGGCGUUGGGAAAGAGAACGAUCAUAUGUAUCUCCAAUUACAUCACUUGGAACCAAAACUAAUACACGAACGUUUGCCAGGCAUUCAAGAAACCGUCAAAAUAUUUGUCGGCAUUGACAUCACGAAAGAGCCAAUACCUAUAAUACCAACAGUUCAUUAUAAUAUGGGUGGUAUUCCGACAAAUUAUAAAGGUCAAGUUAUACAACAUCAAAAUGGAAAAGAUGUUGUCAUCAAAGGUUUAUAUGCAGCCGGUGAAGCUGCAUGUGCAAGUAUCCAUGGUGCUAAUCGACUCGGUGCAAAUUCCCUGCUUGAUCUUGUUGUAUUUGGGCGUGCAUGUGCGAUCACAAUUACCGAAGAAAAUAAACCUGGAGACAUGUUACCCAAACUUCCAUCGGAUACUGGUCGAAUGUCGAUCGAUAACUUAGAUCGACUGAGAUAUGCCAAUGGAUCGAUUUCAACAGCGGAACUUCGUUUGAAAAUGCAAAGUACAAUGCAACUCCAUGCAGCAGUCUUUCGUAAAGAUGAAACACUGACGAAAGGUUGUGUAUUGAUGGAUAGCAUAUUUCAAGGACAAUACGAUUUGAGAUUAAAAGACCGUGGAAUUAUCUGGAACACGGAUUUGACUGAAGCGCUGGAAUUACAAAAUUUAUUACUUAAUGCUGUGCAAACAAUCUAUGCGGCAAAAGCACGAGAAGAAAGUCGAGGUGCACAUGCAAGAGAAGAUUUUCCUGAUCGUAUUGAUGAAUAUGAUUAUUCAAAUUUAGCAGAAAAUCCUAUUGCCAAUCAGAAAAAGAGACCAUUCGAAAAGCAUUGGCGUAAGCAUACAUUAUCUUACACGGAUCCCGCAAGUGGAAAAACAACAUUAUCAUAUCGGCCUGUAAUUGAUAAAACAUUGGAUGAAAACGUUUGUGCAUCAGUACCGCCACAAUCUCUAUCGAUCAGUUAUAAACAUAUUNUCGGUUUUCUGAUUUCAUAUCAGAACCGAAUCACUUUCUUUCGCUCAUCGAGUCCUCUUAUUGAUGAUCUUCUGUCUUCGACAUUUACUAAGAUGACUCAACUUCGAACACUAAUUCUUGAAAAUAUUCGAUCGAAACAUUUACAAGAUAUUCUCGUCGAUCUACCUUCUCUUCGAUCACUUGUUAUUAAAACUAUUGGUCCUAUUUCAUCUACCGGUGAUUUAUUUCGUCAAAUAUUUCAUUUACCUGCAUUAAAAUAUUGUCAUACAACAUUCCCUGACAACUGGCCUUCUUGUCGAUUACCGUUUCCGACUACAAACGACUAUAGCCCCAUUGAAACACUUGUUCUCAAUAAUGCUUUACCUAUGAGUGAACUACAUAUCCUUUUAUCAUACGUUCCUGACAUUCGUCGUUUAUCAUACUCUAUUCAUCAAUGGUCAACUUAUACAACAAUGCAACGAGAACCAAUUAAAUUGAGUAAUCUGACCCAUCUAUUUCUUCAUAUGGCACGUAUAUUUCAUAGUCAAAUGAAACUUUUAAUGGAACAACUAUUUUCUCAUGUUCGUGUUGUGUAUAUCACGACACUUGAUUCUCCAUUACGUUUAACGACAAACAAAUGGGAAGAUAUGGUCAUAAGUCCUCUGUCAAAUCUACAUGCUUUGCAUGUGAAAUUUACGGAUGAUGGAGCAAGGUAUUUAUGUUGGCGUGAUCAACAGUGGUGUUGGACACAAGAAGAACAAUUGCAAAGUAUAUCUUCAGUACAACCGAUUACGCAGAAAUGUGCAUGUACCAAUCGUUGUUCAGCUAUGAGUUCAAGUUAUUAUCUUUCUGUCACUCAACUUGCUCUUCGAAAUGAUAUAUCAAAAAUAGAUAAUUGUGUUUAUUUUCCCUAUAUUACUAAAUUGACUAUCUUCCAAUACUCAAAUGCAACUAACCAUUCAAUUUCAGCUAUUCUUGAUCGAAUCUUUCCUCUCAUGAAACUCACAGAAUUGAUAAUUAAUUAUCCGCAGUUUUGUGUUGGAAAACUAGCUGAACUACUGUAUUUUUCACCGAAUGUCAAGAAAUUGGCAGUUCAUUCAAUAUCGUGUCACAAAGUAUCAUCGAUUGCGAUCGGAAAAAGUGCAACUCUGAAAACAGUAUCCGAGAACAGCAGAAUCAAAGAUUUGAUUAUAGAAAACUAUGGCACAUUUGCCGAUAUCAAAUUACUAGGCGAUCUUUGUCCUCGAACUCAACAAUUGACUGUUGUUUUGAGUAACUCGAAUGCUUCUAGUUGUGCAUCAUUAUUGACAUUUCUAUUAGAAGAGCAAAAGUCUAAUACUCGUCGUCUGUGUUCAUUGUGGCUUAUGAAUGUCAGUAGUCGGUUCAAUCGUAUAUUACGUUCAAUGGUAUUGUCACCUGGUAUUUCUGUCGAAUCUACUAAUGACAGCAUUUAUUACUGGUGGUAG